AUGUCUUUAUUCCGACACAGAGACUGUCUUUCCACAAUUGAAAAGAAUCACGAGAGGAUAGGUUCUCUAUCACCAUCGAAAAUCUCGGGUGGUCGAGCGCUUGACGAUGGGGAAUGGCAUGAGAUGAGAUGGGUACAUCAGUUUGACUCUGUUCAAUUGAGUAUCGAUGGAGUCCUUCAAAAUCAAACCACUCCAACUGGACUCUACAGAAAAACUCGAUUUGCAUUCACAGCGAUUUCUGCGGCCGAUGGUGGUUGGCAUGGUUUAUCGCUGAGAAUUCGAGGGUCAAGACUCGAGGUGGAUAUCGAUGGUUUCAAUUGCACCGUGGUUGGAGGGAUGGGAGGUGCGUCGAAUUCCGUCCAUCUCUUCCUCACUGGUGAUCGCUUACCGGGUUGUUACCACCCGAUGAUUCUUGAUUUCGCGACGGUGAGAACUGAGGGAAAAGUGGCCGGGAUGACAAGUGUGCAA